GUCACCGUUUCCGACGUGACGAUUUUUCUCUUUUUUAGAUGUUUUUUAACAAUGGGAUUUUAUAUUUAUGAUUCGUUUUUCUAUCAAAUUCCUGGCCCCGAUACUGCUCUCCAAGAUGGCGGUGGCGGCUGCUUCAAAUAAGGUCUCAUUUAGAUGUGCAACGUUUAACAUCUUGGCUCCAUGUUACCGGCGAUUAGAAGGCCAGUAUAGCAAAUGGGAAAGUUCACAGCCUAACCUAUAUAUGGAGAGAUUGCAGUCAAUCAUCCARCUAAUUUCCCAACAACCUAAACUGGACACCAUAUGUUUGCAAGAGUUUUGGUUUAAUAGUGAUGCAUUGGAAUURUUUGAAAAUAAGCUAGGUGAUAGAUAUAAAAUUAUCAAGUUAAAAAGACAAGGAGAGAARACAGAUGGAUUGGCUAUAUUUGUUGACAGAUCUCUAAGGAUCCUUGCAACACAGUCUUUAAGGUUUAAUGACUAUGGUUACAGAGUCGCUCUACUUUUACAUUUAGAAUUACCAGACAAUGGGUAUGAGGUUAUAUUAACAACAACUCAUUUAUCCUAUUGCCACAACUUUUUUGAUCAAUAUGUCCGAAUGUCUCAAGCACAAAAAGUUGUAGAUGGAAUAAAUAGCUAUAUGGAAAGGGAUGACAUUGAAGCACCGCCUGUAAUCUUGUGUGGAGAUUUUAACAGCCCACAAGAAAACCCUGUUUAUAAAUAUGUUUGCCAAAAUGGUUUUACGUCGUCAUUUAAGAAUGUGCAUGGAAGAGAACCACUUGUCACUCAUAAGGACCACACUGGUCAGGAAAUGUCUGUUGAUUAUGUAUUUUAUAGGAAUUCAGGCAGUCAAACUAUCAAGCCUAUAUCUUCUACUCUAAUACCAGAAAAAUACUCUGACCAGACUUGGCCAAAGGAAUUCAACAUCUCAGAUCACAGGAUGUURAUCACAGAGUUUGAAAUUGAAAGUCAAUCCGAGCCUGACACUUAAAUUGAUGCUAUCAACAUUUAAACAGUUUAGUUAGUGACAAUCCAUAAAUACUAUACAGAAAUACUUUGUUUUGGUGCUGUUGCUGUUUUUUCUUGUCGUUAAAAUGUUUCUGAAAUUUUCGCUGUUUUAUAUCUACUACUUGUAUCUUUGUUGCUUUUACAUUGUUGUUGCUGUUGCUGCCAUUGUUUUUGUUGUUUAGUCUCCUUUCACAGCCGCAUUCCCGUUCCCAGAACCCUACGUUCUGGUUAUGGCUUGUUCCCAGGUCUCCCCCAUUUAUUWGGGGGGAGUCCAUCGAACGGGCCUCAUAAUGGCUCUUGUAGUGGAUACUUCUUCUAUCACCGUUUUCUUUGCACAUGUUCUUCUGUAGUAGGUUGUACGACGGGGAAAUAGCGUUUUCCACCGUAUAAAUCCUUAUACAGCGAAUAAAAUCCAUACUAAAUCAAAUGUUAUCUACCCGUUGUACAAGCGGAACUGUACAGUUGUCCAGUGACCUUGGCAUUAAUAAGCRUUGUUGGUCUUGUUGUUGUUUAGUCUUGUAACGAUUGUCGUUUUUGGUUUUUCUUCAAGAAGGUUGGUGAUGUACAUUUAUUUGGCGUUGAUUCUGGCUCGUCCCCAGUCAUCUCUCGCGCCUUUUUUUCUAGUGUCUCGCUCGAAUUGAUGCUUUUCGCGCGCGAGAUAGGAGAGAACGACUGGGGACGAGUCAGCCGUUGAUUAACAUUACCAUAUGCGCUUGUAAUGAUAGUAUUUCUGAUUGUGUGAUGUGAAAAUGAUUUUGUUUGUAUCAUUUUUUGUAUUAUAAUAUAUUCCUAUUGUUGUUCACUUUUAAAACAAACUUCAUAUUGAAUUUUCAGGGUAUUACCAAUAAUAUAUUGUAUAUUCAUUUAUAAAAAUCGUUUAUAUGUGAGAAACAGUUUUAUAAAGAAGGCAUAACGCUAUUUACUCUAGGRAAGUUUGGCAGCGACGUCCGCCAUCUUGGUUACAUUUCGUUUUGCGCACACAUAACUGUCGAAAUGUGAAAUAAUUAUGUGAAAAGCAUGAAAUAAUUGUGCAAUUUCUCAAUAAAAAAGAGCUAAUGAUGAUUCAGUCAUAAGCAAACUAUGGGAGAGCGUUGAGCUCAACGUGUGUAUAAAAUAGGUAUUUUAAUCGUGGUGAUUGUCAGUACCAACGAUAUUUA